AGGUCUUGGGGGUUGAGUGGUCCUUGGGUUCAAGUUCAUGGAGAUAUAUGGACCUGGGAGGGUCUGAGGUCUCCAGCUGCUUCUCUGCCUCAAGGAUUCCCAUUCCUACUACUUCUUCUUAAAUCAGCUGUCUGUUUUUUCUGACUCUGAAUCUGUUUCCAUCAUGGUGUCUCUGGAUGGUUUCUGUCUCUGUCUUUUCUUCCAGUCUCCUAUUUUGCUCUGCCUUCAUCUCAUUCAUCUCCCUUUCCUUCUCCUUUCCCCCCUCUUUUGUGUUUUUGAUUUCUCUCAUUCCCCUUUUCAAUCUUUCUGUCUGGGGGCCCCCCUUCUCUGUUUAGCUCUGUCUUGAUUUACUCUAGCUUUCUUCUCAUCCCUUUAUCUUUGUCUCUCACUGACUUUCUCUCUGUCCCUGGCCUGGCCUCCCUGUCUGUCUCUUUGACUCUUCCUCUCUCUCUCUCUGCUCUUGCCAUCUGUUUCUGUCUGUUAACCAUAGUUGACAGAGCCCCUUCCCUGAGCCUGUUUUCUCCUCACAGCCUGACCACAUGAUGACCAGGUGGGCUCCGCUGGUGCUGAUGGUCCUGAUGUUGGGCAGAGUCAUGGUUGUUUCAGUGACCCCUAUCCCAGCCUUCCAGAUUCUUCCUCAGAACUAUUCCCAGACCACUCCUUUCUCUGUGUCCUUGAAGAGCCCCUCAGCUACUGCCACAAGUCCCUCAGCUGCCUGGAGCUACUCAAGCCCUGUACCCCGCCUUGGACCACGUAUCGCCCUCUCACUGGAUGUCCCCAUUGGCCUCCUACAGAUUUUACUGGAGCAGGCCCGGGCCAGGGCUUCCAGGGAGCAGGCUGCAACCAAUGCUCGCAUCCUGGCUCACAUUGGCCGCCGCUAAGCCUGAGAGAGAGAGGGUUAUAAUGAUGGGGUUGGUCUGGAUGGAAAAACAUAGAGGAUGGCAACAGAGCUGGAUCAUACUACAUCUGGGCAGAGUGCACUUGAACACCACUGUAAUAGGCCACUGCCAAGUAGUGUCUUAUCCCAUCUGAGUGUACCACAGUCAGGGGCUCUGGACACCUUGGACAUUGUUGUAUUGAUGUCUUGCCAUGCCUGUGUACUCUACAGACUUACAGUAUGUUUGGAAAGUUUGAACAGUACCAUACAAGGUCACUGCCAAGUACAAUAUUGCUAUGUCUUGGUGCUCCACAGUCACAGGGCAUCUGGACAUUAUUACAUGGGGUAACCAUCAUGUUAUAUUCAGAAGCCUCAAAACAAGAAACGAACACUGCAUCUGAGACCAGUCCAUCUAAGGCCUACAGGUUUUUCCCCCUCCUAGGCCACCACACAUGGAAGUGCUGGCUGAAGUUUACAUACAUGUGUUCUGCUUCACGAGGCAGCUUCUAUCCCAGAUAGAUACGACUGUACACAGAAAGUCUGACCAUUGUGUCUUACCUUGUGGGUGUCUGUGCACGUGUGGCUGAGUCUCUAUGUGCUGCCUUUUACAAACAAAGCUCUGACAGCUGAGUAUGUGAGCAAGAUGUGUGUGGGGGGGUGUAAGAGAACAGGGAGGA